AUGGCGCUGGCCACUCCUCAUGCGAGUUCCCCCCCCUCCCCAGCUAUCGCCCGUGCACCAUGCGCGGCGCGGCCCGCGCCGACGCCCGCGGUGAGGGCGUCGCAGGCGUCCUCUCUGGCUGCUGCCAGCGUGGUCACGCUGUGGGUGGUGCGGCGCAGAGGGCGCAGCGCCACAGCACCGCAGCGGAGCCGGGUGAGUGCCUUGGCGCCGGAGCUGGUGAAGGUCAAUGAGGGCGUUGAGGAUGAGGAUCAAGAGGAUCAGGAGGUGGCAAACGCCAGGAAUACACGGAAGUUUGAGCUUUGGCCUGGAAUUUCUGAUACGAUGGUGGAUUUUGGCGGUCUUCCCAUCCCUCAACGCUUGGCGGAUGCCUUCACCGAGCGUGGCAUCGUGGAGCCCUCACCGAUCCAGGAGACCCCGCAGGUCAUGCCCAAACUGGCGAGGGGUGAGCAUGUGAUCAUCCAUGCGCCCACGGGUGGCGGGAAGACACUGGGCUAUUUACUGCCCUUGCUGGCGCGGCUUCAGCCCACCAUGCACGUGGGCUUGCAGGCGUUACUCUUCGUUCCUACGGCCGAGUUGGCCCUCCAGGUCGGCCGAGAGCUCAAGUGGCUCAUCUACGUGCUGGCCGGUGGUGCAGAGGGCAUGUGCUGGUUCAAUCCGCAGGUGCCACAGGAGAUCGCAUGCCAGGUCUUACUGUCUCGGUCCAACUUGUGGGACGCGGUGCGCCAGGACGCCUCCAUCAUGGUCACCACACCAGGUUUGAUCCGCUCAGAGCUGCAGAUGCUCAAGUGGGAGGCCCGGCGCUUCUCGGAGACCUUGAAACUCUUCCUGGCCAGCAACUUGCACACCAUCAUCACCGACGAGGUGGACGCUCUGACGCCCUUGCAAUCCACCGUCGCCAAAGGGCCGGAGAAGGUGGGUGCCGCCGAGCGGGUGUCCGCCUUCGUGCUGGACGAAGUCCGCAGCCGCUAUCGGAACCGCCCGGUGCAGCUGGUGGUCUCCUCCGCCACCGCGAACAGCCGAAAGGUGGCGGCUUCCCUGGAUCGCCUCAUUCAGCGCAAGUAUCCCAAGCGCCGGGACCGCGCCCGGCGCCAACCGCCCGAGCUGGUCCAGGCCGAAGCCGAGGUGCUGCGGGUGGCGGCGCCCAGCGGCCAGACGCGGCGCCGCGCCGAGGGGCCCGACGCGGCGUCCACGGGGGCCUUUGUGCCGAUGCCCAAAGGCAUCCGGCACUGCUUGGCAUUGGUGGAAGACCGAGACAAUGGCCUGGUGAUGGGGCAGCCACGUUACACGGCCAUGGCCAGCAUCGUGCGGAACUUGAAGGGCUCGGGCCAUGUGUUGGUCUUCGUGCCUGAACGGGUGAAACUGGAUGCUAUGGUGAUGCUGCUGAAGAGGGCCGGGAUCGCCAAUACCUCCAAAUAUCGAUCUGAGGUGGGGCUGGGCGUUUCCACCGAGCAAUUGAUGGAUAACGAUUUCCAGCGGAAGCCCAAAAUGAACUCGUCCUAUCGGGGCCGCCCCGCGGAGCAGAGCAUCAAUCCACUGCUUGCGCUCCAACAGUACCAGGACGUUUGUCGAUGA